GGCUGGAGAAGGCUGGUCAAGCUCCGCCCGGGUGAAAGGGCGGCGGCUGCGCCGGGCGGGGCCGAGUUCCAGGGCUGGCGGCUAGGCUGCGGUGGGGCUAGCGAGGCGCUGCGUAGUUGCGCCCUGCUUUGGCGACUCGGGGCUGGCCGAGCAGAGUCCGCGCGCCGGCCCCGGCGUCUGCGCUACGCGACAGCGGCGACUAAGCGCUGGUGUCUCCAGCAUGACGGAGCUGAGGCAGAGGGUGGCUCGCGAGCCGGAAGCUCCGCCCGAGGACAAGGAGUCAGAGUCAGAAGCAAAGGUAGAUGGAGAGACUGCAUCGGACAGUGAAAGCAGAGUGGAAGCUGUUUCCCUACCACCCUCUGCAGAUGAUACCCCAGAGGUUCUCAACAGGGCGCUUUCCAGCUUGUCUUCAAGAUGGAAGAACUGGUGGGUGAGAGGCAUCCUGACCUUGGCGAUGAUUGCAUUUUUCUUCAUUAUCAUUUACUUGGGACCAAUGGUUUUAAUGAUGAUUGUGAUGUGUGUUCAGAUUAAGUGUUUCCACGAGAUUAUCACUAUUGGCUACAAUGUGUACCACUCCUAUGACCUGCCCUGGUUCAGAACCCUCAGCUGGUACUUUCUGCUGUGUGUAAAUUAUUUCUUCUAUGGCGAAACAGUGACAGAUUACUUCUUCACUCUGGUCCAGAGAGAGGAGCCUCUGCGGAUUCUCAGUAAAUACCACCGGUUCAUUUCCUUUACUCUCUAUCUAACAGGAUUCUGCAUGUUUGUGCUGAGUCUGGUCAAGAAGCAUUAUCGAUUGCAGUUCUACAUGUUUGGCUGGACCCAUGUAACAUUACUGAUUGUUGUAACACAGUCACAUCUUGUUAUCCACAACCUAUUUGAAGGAAUGAUCUGGUUCAUUGUCCCCAUUUCUUGUGUGAUUUGUAAUGACAUCAUGGCCUAUAUGUUUGGCUUCUUCUUUGGUCGGACCCCACUCAUCAAGCUGUCCCCGAAGAAGACUUGGGAAGGCUUCAUUGGAGGCUUCUUUGCUACUGUGGUCUUUGGCCUUCUGCUGUCCUAUGUGAUGUCCGGGUACAGAUGUUUUGUCUGCCCUGUGGAGUACAACAAUGAUACCAACAGCUUCACUGUGGACUGUGAGCCCUCGGGCCUGUUUCGGCUGCAGGAAUACAACAUUCCUGGGGUGAUCCAGUCGAUCAUUGGAUGGAAAACAGUCCGGAUGUACCCCUUCCAGAUUCACAGCAUUGCCCUCUCUACUUUUGCCUCGCUCAUCGGCCCCUUUGGAGGGUUCUUCGCUAGUGGAUUCAAACGAGCCUUUAAAAUCAAAGACUUUGCCAAUACCAUUCCUGGCCAUGGAGGCAUCAUGGAUCGCUUUGACUGCCAGUAUCUGAUGGCCACCUUUGUCAAUGUGUAUAUUGCUAGUUUUAUCAGGGGCCCAAACCCAAGUAAGCUGGUUCAGCAAUUCCUGACCUUGAGGCCAGAUCAGCAGCUCCAUAUCUUCAACACGCUCAAGUCUCACCUGACCGACAAGGGGAUGCUGACAGCUGCCACAGAGGACAAGUAGGGGCCACCCAGGGCCAGGAGAGCAGAAACAGGGCUGAGUGAGGGGCAGGGCUCCCAGGCAAGCCUAGCUGGACAAAGACAAGCUUCAACUCACUUUUUUUUUUUUAACCAGUAUUUCUAUUUGUGGAUUAAAGAAAAAAAAUCUGUGUAUACAGUCCAUAUGCUUAUGAUCUGGGUUGUGAGUAACCUAUAGCUUUGAGUUGGAAAGAAGUCAAUUUUUGUUUUUAAAACCAAAGCUUUUAACAUCCUGGAAGACAGUGUUGCCCAGCUCUGGAGUGCCUGCUUGGGGCUUCUAGCUCCUAAGCUGGAGCUUCCAUUUCUGGGCCUGAUCAGAGUGGACACUCAUCUGUGUUUGUCUAGUUUAGGCCCCCCACCACCAACUGUCUUCGUAGCUGACCCCCAGCAGGGAAGAGGUGCACAGCUUGGAUGUCUUUACUACUGGAGUGCUUUUCCUGGACUUCUCAAUGAUCCCUGCCUUGGAGCUACAGGAGGGUUGCCUUCUGAGGGAAGAAGGAUGAAGGCUUAUUAAUCAGAUAAGCAUUCUGUUCACGAAAUCCUGUGGACUAUGAGCUCUGCUUUUUGAUAUGGAUUCACCUCACUUCAUCAUAGACUGAAGCAGUUUUCAGUUUUAAUUUUUUUCAAAAAGCAUGAAAAGUUAUAAUAGUCUGGAAAAAAGCCACACUGUUCUAUUUCAAGUGUAUGCAGUAGGAUGUACUGUAACGAGGUCUUUUCCCACAGGGUUUAGGCUCAAGUGGCUCCUAUAGGGCAGUCGGCUAACUGGGUCUUUUCAGGGAUGAUGCUGUUCACAUUUGUGCUAUAGACUUGUUGCUGCUGAAUCCUUUCUGGGGGCUUCCUCAUGAGGCAGGGAGCAGAGGGCUUCUCGUUCACACACCCAUGCCCUUGACCUGGCUGACCACCCAUGUAGCUGCUGUGUUGUAUAUAUUAAUAUAUAUAUAUGUAUAUAUAUAUAUUACUCUUAAGGCAAGUGUAUAUCUGUGUGUGUGCUUUAAAAAUCACUUAUUUCUUACAGUGAUUUCAGUUGUACCAUGACUUCUUCACUGAAACCACAAAGUCCUGCUUACAACUCUGCAUAACCCAAUCCAGAGGUUUGAAGCUUCUGAAGGUUAAAUGCACACUUGUAUAAUGUGACCAGUUUAAAUGUAGUUUGUAUUUUACAGGGGGACCUUUUUCUUUUUAAAUUGUGAUAUAUUUAUUUUUUCCUUUUAAUUAGAAGAGUGAGGUUGACUUUUGGAAUAUACAUUCUUUGUCAGGAUAAUAAGCAAGGGGUAGAGAAGAGAUAGCUUGGUGCCCGAAUGUGUGUCAUUAUUCUGUGCCAUGGUGGUUCUCAUUGCCAAACGGGGGUGUAACAGCUUGUUUCAGCACCUUGGGCUGGAGCUGCUUUUCUUUGUUUGUGUUUAUCUAAACCUUACUGUAUCUGUGGACGCUCGCAGCCCAGCCCAAAUCACUGAAGUGUCCAGCACAGGCCAGACCCCUCUUGAUGUCUCUGUUCACAAUCACUGUGUGACCUUCUACAUACAGCAGCUUCUUUCUUCUGAACUUUUAUUUCCGUUUCAGUAAAUGGCUUUUCUUUUUUAAGUCUAAGGCCCCCUUAAAAACAGAAUGUGUUUUCAGUGCUGGCCAUGUGACACUGGACAGAACACACCAUUCUGUGGGUUCUCAUUUUCUGAGCUGUCUUCUAAUUUCCAUAUUCCAUGAUUCUGGCUGAGCAGGUAUACGUAUCAGAGGCUGCUUACAGGUGUUGAGUCAUGUCCUGGGCAUGCAAAAAUUAAGUGCUUACAGGGCUUUUCUAAAUACUUUUCCUUAAAAUGCUUGUCCUCAGCAGUAAAUCUUAGAGUGGAGUACAGUAAUGAAUCUAGUUUUCUGAAUGAAGAAUGAACUUGGUUCCCCAAACCAAAGAGAGAAUAGCACUUCAUUUGUCUCAUGGUGCCCCACUGUGGGCAAGAUAGGUGGGUCCUUAGGGACAGGAAAUCUCAGCUGGGACCUAGCAGCAGAGAGCCACCUUUGAAUAGGGCCACCGUGGGGAUCAGGGAGCCUGGCACAUACCUGUGGACAUGGCUGCUGAUGAGGGUUCCAGGAAAUGGCAGCUGGAAGCUCAACAGAGCUGCCAUCCAGAGAGCCCGAGGGUCGGCUAGGAUUUUGUUUUCUUCUGAUUUCCCACAUGCUUUCUGGUGAAAUAGGGGAAUUUCGUGGGAAGUAGCCAGCAGACAGACACCGCCUUGUGUCUGUAUAGCACAUUGGUUUUCUUUCUCCCAUUUAUUGAAAAUCUUUCACCAAACAGACAAGUUUCCAGAGAUUGUUGUAACACACAGCUGUGCACAUCUUAAUGAGUGGCAUAACUUGCUCUAGAUCCAUUUUUGUGUGUGUGUGAAAAAUAAAAGUGACAAAUUGUAUGCCCUUUCUUGUCAUGAAUUCAGUUUCUUCCCUGUAUGGUUUUAUGUUUCCCACUUGAUUUUGUGCAGCCCUGAUUUAGAGAUUUUUGUUUUGUUUUCCAGUUUGAAUUCAGUGCAUUCUCACAAUAGCCUUCUGAGUUAUCUCAGGUGAAAGGCAUGAGCACUUUGCUGAUGAGGAAGCUGAAGGCUUGGGGGGAACUUGAAAUUGGGGGUAACUUGAAAUUAGUAGGUUUGAAAUCUAAUGUCUCUUUCAGAUGGGGCAAAAUGUAAUAUUUAACCUUGUACAGGUAGACUUUGAAACAGUUUAUGGUAUUUUAUUUUUUCCCCACUGGGCUUUUUUUAUCCUGUAACUUAUAUUGUAUAAGGAGAUUCCAAAAAUAUAUUUGAAUAGAGACUAAACAGACCCUUUGAUUUGAGUGAACUAGUUGCUGAGUUAGCUGGAGACUGGAUCCUUAAGUUCAGAUCCUCAGACUGUCAGUGAGACCCUACCAGGCUCAGGAGCAUCCCUGACAUUGCCAGGGGUCAGGGUGUGUGACUGACUCAGGGCAAAGAGCGUCAUUGCUUAGAAAACUGGAAAGCAGUGGCCUUGCUCCAUAAGAAACCUGCCCAAGGUUGGUUUCCAAGGAAGUAGAUUUGCAUUAUUCUAAUAGAUGUGGCACACCUGAAACUUCUUCUUGGGUCACUGAUAUCUUAGGCACCAUUGCCUUUUGUUUUGGGAGUUACUCAAGUUGUGCCCACCUUUCUUGUGCAUUGUGAUUAUGUGCUGAGGAAAGGGGGAAGUGUGGAGGGGAUAGUUUCCCUUAGGCCCAGGGUUCCUAUUCUUCCACAGUCAAGGUGAGAAGAAAAGGCUACGAGGAGGAUGUCUAGGUGAACGUGUACACACAUCACAAGACAACAAACCAUGGGCCCACCUACUGUGCUUCUCUGCAGCAGGGGCUCUGAAAGAGUGUCUGGAAAAAACCAUCAGCUCUGAAGAGAGAGUCUGACUCUUGGGCACUAUUCUGUCCUUGUCUUGGUCAAAGCAAACUUCCUUUUCCCUUGAUCACUCUCCAUGCAGUUACCCAACUUUUGCUUAUGAAAGAGAUUACCCACUCCCACCUCCUGACUUGUUUCCCCCUGUUGGAUGGGGGCCUUGUGGCACAACCUACACAGGGUGCUGGAUUUGGACCAAGUGGGGAUAAUGAGCCUAAUUUAAGGGCUCAUCCAGGCCUGCCUCCUCUUGGUCCUGGACCCUGCUUACCCGUAUUCCCUGCAGAAGAUGGGCCCAUUCUCAACAAGGAGUGUAGUCCCAGCUGCUGACUGCCUAUUUCUAUUUGAAGGUGGUUCCAUCUUUCUGUUCCUCCUAGCACUAUCCCUUAACCCUUUCAGGUUGACCAGCAAUGACCUUAUUCACCUGGGCCCUCAGGUGGGCUAGAGGCUGCUCUUCUUACCUGUGACUGCCUCUUGACAGAGCAAGGCUUUCACCUGUCCACAUGUGUCACCAUGUUUUCAAAGGCAAAGAGAUUUCAGCUGUGAGGGUGGCUUGGGAGGUAUACUUUGGGUGCUGAAGUGUUGGUGUUUUAGGACAUGUAGAUAAUUUAUGAGAAUAGAAUGCCAGAAUAGGUGAAGUCUAGAAUUUCAUGGCCAGUGGCUUUCACAUCCAUUGGCUCUUGAAAAGAAGCCUCUGCUUCCCCUCUUACAAAAUGCCUAUCUGUUGAGGCUCCUUUUUACUUGAGUCAUUAAGUUACUGGCAUUGUGUUUAUUAAUAACUGCAAUAAUAGUGCUUAAAAGUGCCAGGCACAGUGCUAACGAUACAUUAUCUCUUUUAAUCCAGAGGACACCUUUGAUCGGGUAUUGUCUCCAUUUUUUUUUUUUUUUCCGACUGAAACCGACUUUAUUGAGGGGUAACAUACAUAUAUAUGCUAACAGGACUCACUAAAUUUAGAUCAAGGUAUUGUCUCCAUUUUAUACACGAGGAAAAUGAGGCAUCAUGACAGGCUAAGUGCAGUGGUUAUGAAGAUAGACUUUGGGCUCAAAUAGCCCUGGGUUUGGGCAGGUUACUAUGUACAAUUCCAGCUCACUUGGCUCUGAUCAUAGCACCUCCCUUUCUGGAUUGUCGUGAGGAUUUUGAGAUAAUGCAUGUAAGCAUUUAGCACAGUGCCUGGCACAUAGUUUUUAUUGAAUCCUGCUGGUAACUUGAACCCAGAAUUGUGUAACUCUGGAGACUGGUUCUCAGGCACUACACUGUCCCUACCCUGUACACAGCCUGAGUGUUCAAAAGUCUAGACAGUGAUCACAUUCUCCUUCAGAGAGAAACAGUCCAACCUUAACACCUGCCUACAGCAUCUGAGUGCUUCCCACUUCAUUUAGAAAGCCAGCCUGAUGAAACGAGGAUGUAGACAGGUUCCUGAAUUCUCCCUUCCUAGUAGGAAUGGUUUGCCUGAGGUCUUGCUCACCUCCUGCUGCCCCUGGGCUGAUUUCCAUGGGGAAGGAGGCCCUUUCCUCUCGCCCACUGGUGCCGCCCUCCCUGUGACUUGACUCAGUGUUCCCCUCUGCCCUGUGCACACAGCUCAGGAGCCUGCAGCACUCCUCUGGGCAAGUGGAUGUGGUGGGGGCCAAGAGGAAUGGGAGAAAGACCUCUGUAGCAGAUGACAGUAGAGAGGGAAGGCCUAAAAGUUUUCACUUAUGUCCUUACAUAUAACAAGUCAGGGGCUUUGUGUUUCUUGUUUUCUUUAGUGAUAACAGUGUUAUCUUUAGUGAUAACAGUGUUAUCUUUAGUGAUAACAGGGUUAGAUGGCAGGUGGCCACUUGGGGAUAGAUGAUGGGGGUUGUUUCUCUUGGAUUCUACGUUAGCAAAGGAUCACAGGGGUGAUUCAUGAAUGGAGACUAGGCACUACAUUGAAUGAAAACUAUUUCUUUUAGUUUUCCAAAUGCAGACAGAGGAGUGGGGGAGGAUAUGUGUGAAGUAGACCAUUCUUCAUUGAAGAAAUGGCAUUGACAGGAGGGAUCCGUGAAGUUCUUGAGCGGAUAGAAUAAUAAUGACCUAGAACCACUGGCUUGACUGGCCUGUUUCCUGAGUGUUAGUGUGGAAUGAAGACCAGGCCCAAGGGCCAUUGUGUUUAAGUGGUAGUCUCUCCCUUUCAGUUAAUUGAUGAAGUAAUGAUUAUGACAGGAAGCAGGAACAUGGUUGUGGAGGGAUGGUAAGCAGCUGCUGUGAUGGACUUAUCCUGGGCCUGCCCUCCCACUCUUCGGGAUGCAUGCUUGCAAGGCCUGGCACUGGCACUUCCUCAUUCAUUGUUAAAUCUAAUGGACCCAGGCAGCUUUUUAUCUGUAGAGAAAAAAAUGGCUCCAAACUGGGGGCAGUGACCCUCUGGGCCUUGGGCUAAAGUUGCUUCUGCUGUGGUCUCCCAGGUAUCGGGCAGGGCCGAGCUCUUUGAAACCUCCUGAGCACUUAUGUAGUGCUCAGAGGCUGUAGUUGGUUUAGCAGCUGGUGAAUUUCCUUACUGACAUCACCAUAGCGCAGUCCCUAUCCUCAGCUGCUGGAGUACCCAUUUCUCACCUCCAUUAAGUUCAUGUGUUGGUUUUGCUGGCUUUGUGCCAGGGAGUGCCAGAAUAGGAAGGGGGUUGAGAAGGUAUAUACAUCUUGUAAGGAUGUCCUUUGUGUGCUAUUGUAUUUAAAUCCACAGACACAGCUCUGUGUGGCUGCCUUAUGUCACAAUGGCUGGGUAUCUGGGAGCUGAUUACAAACGGAAAGAGCUGAGCAGGCAUCAGGGCCAGUAUAAUCAAAGGACUUGGAGCCAAGAGAAAAAAAGGCAGGGGCAGGGUACAGUGGUUUGUUGUUGUCCAGCCAGAGCACUGUUGAGAAGCCCCAAGGGGUGGGGGCAGGAAAAGCACGGGUAGAGGAGACCAGCCUGGUGUGUCUUGCGGGUGUGGGGACCAGGAACUGUGCUCAGAAGGCCGUCCAUGGAGCCUCAGUGCUCAUGGAUUGUGGAUUCUCUUCUGGAGUUGAUGAUGAUACCAAGUUUUAAUUUUUAUUGAUGUUUAAUACUUUCUAAAAACAGGAAGAGAAGACAAAAGUGUUAGAAGAGGCCCCUCUACUGAAGGUUGUUGGGAAGCCUAGUGGUGUGGGGUGAGUCAGGCACUUUCUCAGUUCUGUUUACCCUGAAGGUCUUUUAAUGAGAAGGUUUCCCCAAACAUAGAAAUGAUCUCCCUGGCCCCACUAGGAAGUGCCUUGUAGUCAAAUGAACCCCACUGCAGUGUCUCAGACAGUAAAGAAUCCACCUGCAGUCCAUGAGACCUGGAUUCAAUCCCUGAGUCAAGAAGAUCCCCUGGAGAAGGGAAUGGUUACCCACUCCAGUAUUCUUGCCUGGAGAAUUCCAUGGACAGAGGAGCCCAUGGGCUACAGUCUGUGGGGUCGCAUAGAGUUGGAUCUGACUGAGCAACAAACACUUUUACUUUUUUUGGUCCUGGCCCUGCCUCUGGCAUUUCACUAAAUCUGUGUGUUUUUGCCACAGCUGACCUUUCUCUGUGCACUGUCUGAUAGUAUUGAACUGAUUCUCUUUCAGUGCAGUGUCAGAUCAUGAUAAACUGUACCUUGGAAAGUAAUCAUAUUUAUAUAUCUGUAUCUUCCCACUACACAAAUAAACACCUGUUAAAUUCUA